CAUUACAGAUAAAACUUGACUUCAAGAUCAUGUACCCUGACAAGGAGGAUUGUUUGUAUUCGAAAUGGGAAAUGUUUACGGAAAAAAUUCAACGAUUUUAUGAAACUAAUCUACACAACGAUUUCUGCAAACAGCUCUUUUCUCUUGCUAAAGCUUCAACGAACAAAGAUACGCAAGACUACAUUCUUACAACGCUGCUGAAUGGAGUUCUUCCACCUUCAUCAUGGUUUCAAAGUUCCUGCGGAAAGCUAAGAAAGAAAGCAACAAUAGCAGACUCGCAACAAAGCUUUGUUUUACGAUUAACUUCAAUCAACGAUUACGAAAGGAAAAUUACUGAGUUGAUAAGUAUGUACUAUUCUGCAGGAAUGACAAUACAGCCUUUUAUAAUUGUGGAAGGAAUAGCUGAGGGUGAUAUAACAGGAUUUUGUAUAUAUUUUGAUAAAACAUUGUAUAAAUUUGAGUCGUUUCUAGAAUGCCUAGAUAUCUGUUUCAAAAUUUUUCACACUCUUUGCCUAAAAUAUCCUCAGGCAUGCGAAACUUCUUGGGUUUUUUUACAACAGUUUUUUUUGGAAAUUUAUACUGAAUAUGACUGCAAGCCGGCAAAUUUAACGUCUCUUUUGAAUUUUAUGACAUAUAAUUAAUUGCUUUAAAAUGUUUAUUUGCUUCGAGUGCCACAAAAAAUUUGCAGAAAUUGAUACCUUAAUAUGUCAUUUUAAAGUAGAUCAUAAGCUUUCUACGAAACUUUUACCACUGCAAUGCAAGCAAGAUAACUGUAAUCAAUUAUUUACAAAAUUUACUUCGUUCCGCAAUCAUUUACAAAAUACUCAUACAAAAUUUAAAAACACAUACGAACCAAACGUAACUCCAACUGAAGCUAUAACGAUACCGAUUUUAAGUAAUAAUUUAAGUACGGAAACAGAACCUCAAGAUGUUGAUAAUUCAUCAAUGCAAAAUAUUGUUAAUGAAACUAAAAAUCUAAAGAAAAAGGCACUGUAUUUAUCUUUAAGUUUGUAUGCUCAAAACAAUUUGCCUAGGAAACAAGUAAUCGAUAUUCAGACUAUGGUAUCUUCUUUG